AUGGCCGAGCGCAUGAGCGAUUUAUUCGCUAUGAGAACGGCUGCUGCCAACCGAAGGGCGAGCCUAGCGCAGAAACUGGCCAUUUCGCAAGAAGUGGAAAGACAGCGAGAGCUUCAGGAACGCUCUCACAUGAGCAACUGCGAUCCGUUGGGCUAUGUCCAGCGGGCUUUUCACGCCACUUCGGUGCACCCGGAUGAUUUCCGUGGGCCUCGCAGUGAUCUGAGGUUCUACAUCUAUGACUUGCCUGGUGCUGCCAACCGAGAGAUCUUGGUGCAGCUGCAUGGGCGGAUCCGUGAGUCGGCGGCACAACCCUCCACAUGCGACUAUGGCCUUUCUCCGUGCAAUGAAAUGCACGGGACGGGCAUGUUCGGCGGCAUGCGUGUUUUCGCUGCUGAGGCAACCAUCCUUGCCAAGUUGCUGUCGGCCCCCGAUGAGGUCAUCGUGAAAGACCCCACGGAGGCCUCCUUCUUCGUUGUGCCCUUCUUCUCAUCCGCUUGGCCGCCGGCCAAAGCUCUGGGAACUGCGCCCUACACCCCUACGAUUAUCAUCAGCUUCUCGGCUCUCUCGUCCGCGGCUGUGCAGCCGUGUUCUGAUCUUGCAAUGGCGCUUCUAGCCUCGGCCUGGGGCGGGCCGCUGGCAGCGCAGGCAAGUAUUCAGCCUCGGCCGGCACCAGUGACGGCCCGAGCUACCGCCGCGACGGCCUCUCGGCCAUUGUUGUCGGGAUCUCGUCCUGGACUGGCCUUGGCAUGUGCGGCAGGCACCGCAUGCCGGCGUUCUGCCAGGCGCGUUCUACGCAGAGCUCUCCCCGAGGUCAAACUGAACACUACGCGUCCUGACCUUUGGGACGGAUCGGUGAUGGUCCUUUUCCUUCGAUCACAAGAUGGCAAAGCACAGCUUGGAAGGAUAGGGACCUACUUGGACAAAGUGUCAACAUCAGGGAAGCUGCAGAAGCUCAUCGAUGACACAGGCUUUACGGCAUCACCUGCCACAUCUGAGCUCCUGGAGGUCUCCGACAAAGGCCUCCAACGAGUUCUUCUGGUUGGUCUCGGCGCGAAAGAUGCCGAAGAUUGGGCCCAGGCCGGCAGCACGGCUGGCGCGUCGCUCGCGACGAUCGAAGGCAGCGCGUCUUUGGUUUGCAUCGAUGGUGUCGAGGUACAGCAGCUGAUCGAAGGACUUCUCUCCUCCCUGGGCUCUUCAGGCCUACAAAGUGUUGAGCUCCUGGGGGCGUAUCCUGCUGGCAGUGGGGCGGCGAUCGAAGAAGCAGUGAAGAAGAGCAGCUGA